CAUCUCCGCUGUCUCCACCGAGCCCUGAGGAGAAGAAGGGGAUAUUGUGACUGCAACUCUUCCAAGAAUGCUGUUCAUAAUCAUCUGUCGGGUACUUGCUGACAUGGCCUUCCUUGCCGGGGUGCCGUUGAACUGCUACAUCCUCUUUGUCACCGGCUGCUGUAUGGGUAGGACGGCCAGCACCGUGUGGUUCCUGAACCGGUCUGUGGGAGAUUUCAUCUUUCUCAUCUUCCUGCAUCUCAGAUUCAUAUUCUUCCUAGACUUAAACUGGGCCACGAUGCUGAGCAACAUCAUCACCUCCCUACACAUGUUCUCCAGCGCCUUCCUCCUCACGGCCCUCAGUGUCGAUCGCUGCAUCCUCGUGGCACGCCCUGAGUGGGCCCGGAACCACUGCACACCCCGCUUGGCUUUCAUGAUUGUUUUGGUCAUAUGGGCCCUGUCUGUUCGGUUCAGCUUGCGGUACGGUGAUCUCUGGGAAUCCCUCCUCUCACCUGCCAGCAGAAGCAUGAAUUUCCAUCCAGAUGCAGGGAGGGUGAAGGCUGCAGUUGUGUUCCAGUUCCUGGUUGGGUUUCUGAUCCCAUUAGCCUUGAUCUUGAUCCCAACCUUCUACAUUGUUCUAGCUGCCAAGCUGAGGAGGAACAGGCUGAUCCAGUCCACCAAGCCACUCAAGAUCCUUCUUGGCUUGAUCCCAACCUUUUUCCUCUGCUGGCUGCCGUAUCACGUCAUCUUCUUCCUGCAGAUCUCAGCUACUUACCCUCCAUCUCUGGACACGGUAAAUGUUGUUAUUUCAGUCCUGGCAUAUUUCAGCGCUUUACUCAACCCCAUCUUCUACCUCACCAUGGAGGAAGAGUAUCUGAGUUACCAGCAACAUGCACGCAGCCGAAUAGGGGAACGGAUCGAAUUGUCAAUAUUUGCAUUAAGAUAGGUGAAAAAUUCU